UGGCCACAGAGGCGUGCCAUGAGUUCACAGCCGCUUCAACGUCUUAUCACGUGGAGUCAUGACCUCGCCCCUUUGCGACGACUCCGCACACCAGGAGCCUCAUCGGACGAAACCAGUCCUUCAGUUUCUCCGUACCGGGAGGGCCGAAAAUAAAAGGUGCCCCCACUCGUCGGCAGUGUGAGUGCACCGACCGGCGUCCAGCGCAGCGAUGCGGCGGAAAGCCUCAGUCUGCGAUGGCUUCUCUCUCAGGGACUUUGGCAUUCCUGGUUCUGCUGCCGCUCGUCUCCGUUGAAGGUUUGUGCCCCGACUUCACGUGCAAAAAUGGCGCUUGCACUCGUUUCUUGGACAAAUGCGACGGCGUCAAUGACUGUGGGGAUGCAUCAGACGAAGACCCCGCGUUCUGUUCAGGAAAUGUGAUUGAGGUCGCAGAGCAGCAGAGAGUUGCGGUGCAUGUGCAGUUCAAGUCGGAACAGAACUGGAUCGAGUUCUUGAUUUGCGAUGAAAGCUCCUGCAGCUCCUUGGAUGCGCACGGCCGGACGUCAGAUGGCGGGCUGUCGUACGUCGCCGCCAAGAACUGCAACACUGGUGGCCACAGUUGUACCAUUCACCGAAUUAGUACUCCCCCUGGCUCUAGCCCUUUUGAAUCCGGUGACAUCCAGUUCAUGGUGGAGCGUCGAGCAGAGGCGCUGGCCGUUUGGCUCCAGGGCGAGCCUCGCUACGCCGCCACGGUGCCCAUCACCACCAGCAGCAGCAGACUGCAACUCCGCCCUGGGACUUGGAUCUCUGACCUGCGAGUUAAGUUUGUCAAGUUGGCGCUCUGAUCUGAAUCCCGUAGAAAAACUUCAACCUCCAAG